CAGAUGCCGAUAACGCACAGCUGGAUCUACUGUCUUCUACCUACGUCAGAACCGGAAAUAACGCAACAUACACAAGACUCGGAGCAGGCGCACGUGGGUCUUAGCGUUAGUUAAUUAAAGUUAUGUUCUUUUGUCUGUUUUAUUAAGAAGUAUGCCGAAGAGAGCGAGGGCCCGGCCGGAGGAAAACAGCUCAGUGGAGGAGCUGGUCGAGGAUCCGCCAGCGGAGGGCAGGCGGACACGCAGCGGCCGCGCGGUGCGUCCUCCUGCCGCAUUGCUGGACAGCAAAAUCGCGGUGAGGACUCCCAGCAGAAGGACCAGGAGGUCCGUUCUCCAGGAGCUGCCACCGCCGGCGGAAGAAGAAAACCCCGAAGAUACGGAGCAGAAACCAGACAGUCCGACCGUGGAAGAAUCCAGUGCGUCUACAGAACCAGAACCCACAAAAACUACAGAACCCACAGUGCCCUCAGACGCAACGGCCCAGGCAGCAGUCAUGGAAACGAAUAAAGCUUAUGAUGGAGGAGAACAUCAGCUGUCCAAGUCUACACCAGCAGAAACGGCUCCUGUGGGUUCAGGAAGCAUCCCGAAGAAGAAAGCUCACCUGGCUCCCAGUGCCAAACCGAUCCCAGCGGUUCCGCUGGGAAAACCAAAGUCAGGAAGAGUGUGGAAGGACCGAAACAAGCAGAGGUUCUCUUCGUUGGUCAGAGACAAACCUCUGUGCUCCUCCUGGGAGAAGAAGAUGCAGGCCAAGCGUGAAAAGGACCUCGUCAAACAGUUCACAGUGAGGCUGAAGGAGGAGAAAGCCCAGAAGAAGGAGGAAAAGAGGAAAAGACGAGAGGAAAACCUGAAGCGGCGCGCAGAGAAUGAACGCAAAGCCGAGAUUGUACAAGUGAUCCGGAACACGGCAAAGAUCAAGAGGAUGAAGAAGAAACAGCUCAGGCGCAUCGAGAAACGAGACACUCUGGCUCUGCUGCAGAAAACACAGAAGCCGAACAGCACAAGCAAAGUGCAAAAAAAGGUUCAACAAGAUUUAACUUAAGAACUGUGACAAUAAAUUACAUCUAUUCAGAAAA